AUGAGUGAUGAUCACCAACAACAUCCGUACUCAAAGCCAUCGUUACUACAAUACGAAUCUCCACGAUUAAUCAUAAAUCAUGAGAUAUCCAGUGCAGAUCAUAAAAAGAUUUGCCGAGCAACACUUUCACCUUGUCUUUCGCCUGUGUCAUUCUAUGACAAGAAUUUAAAUCUUUUCGAUCCGUACUCAGAUCGUUGUCGACCGGCGGAUAUUCUUGAUUUUCUUUUACCACCGAUCGAAACGAACAACAAAACCAAUCAUAAAUACAUUAUCUGCGUAUCGCGUCAUCCAGCUACUAAAGCCGAUGUUUACAAUCUAGAAAAACAUCUCAAUCAACGUUUGAAACAAACCCAAGCUCGAGAAAUCGGUCUGUGCAACCAUCGUCGUAGGAUCUAUGAUGAGUGCUUCGAUGAACUUAUCCGGCAAGUAACGAUCGAAUGCAGCGAGCGUGGAAUAUUACUAUCACGUGUUCGAAAUACCUAUCGUCAAUUGAUGAAAUCGUAUUUGAACAACUAUUUGAGUGCAAAUGCUUAUGCUAUGCGUACACUUCUUCUUAAUCAACAAGAAAAAAUGAAAUUCACUGAUAAAAUGGAUCAUUUACAGUAUGAAAUCGAACAAGUAAAAAAACAGUUGAUGAAUGCUGAAGAUUAUCAUGAAAACGUUUUGAAACUCUACUCCCGGAUGAAAUCAACGAACGAAUACCGAUAUCGAACAAGAAAUACAGUCAUUCCACUCGAAUUACAACAACUACGAACGACACAUCAGUCAUUAAAACAUGACCUAGAAAAUGUUCUAUUAAAAAAACUGAAUCGUCCGAUACCAGACCGAACCGACAAACAUAAUGAAGACGAACUUGAAAACACUCUUAUCGAAGCUCAUCAUUAA